GCCGGCGCCAUUCUGACUUCCCGACCUUGGGCUCCGGCUGUCUGCUGUCCGCAGUCCGUUCCGAGCGGUCAUGUCUGCGCUGACGCCGCACCUGCUCAGGGCCCUAGCCGGCCCGGCCCGGCGGCUCUUGGUGCCGCGUGCCCAGAUCCAUUCCAAGCCCCCGCGGGAGCAGCUCGGCACCAUGGACAUCGCCAUUGGGCUCACCUCCUGCUUCCUGUGUAUCCUCCUGCCGGCGGGCUGGGUCUUGUCUCACCUGGAGAGCUACAAGAAGCGGGAGUGAAGGGGGCUGUCCCCUCCCUCACCCUGUGACCUGACCACCCCCCCACCUGUCCUGAUCAUGUCUGCUGCAUUCCUGGCCGGCCUCCCCUGGAUCAUAUCCUUCAGUUACAGUGACCUCUUCUGCAACCAUAACCUCUUGAUUUCUUCAUUGUGAUAUCCUGGGACCACAUAUUUUGGUUUAUAAGGCCCUGCUUGGUAGGACCCACUUUGUAACAAUAAAGACUAUUUAAAACUUG